AAGGGAGACUAAAAGAACGUUUCUAUAUACAGAAAUAUCAAAAAAUAAAAUAGUCAAGGAUCCUAAGUCGAACCAAAGUUCAUUUACUUUAACAUCAAGAUAUUCAGUACUGCAUAAAUUCCUAGUAAAAUGAUUUCGAGUCUAGUUUUACCAUUAAUAUUGCUAUUGCCAAUAGUUUCGGGCUAUAACUAUUGCAACAACAAAACCCAUAAGUGCGUUUUGGAACAAUCCGAACAUUUUAUGUGCCAACUGCACAAGUUUAGUCCCUUAGGCGGUUAUACACGGUAUUAUGAAACAGUUCCAGAUACCCCGCUCCUACAAAAUAAAAUACUGGGAAUAUUAAACAAAUUUCGGAACCGUUUCGCAAGCGGGGAACUUUGGACGAAUGAGAACAGGACCUUUGCAAAGGCCAAACGGAUGCGCAGGCUCAUUUGGGAUAACGAACUGGGCUAUAUGGCCCGUGCCCAUGCCUCCACAGUUUCAUUCAAGCACUCGGAAUGUAGGGCCACAUCGCGAUUCCCCUACGUAGGAGAAGUGCUGGGCAUGAUAGUUCCCAAGCGCCAUCCCAAGCCCGAUUUACAUGACUUAUUGCACAAGAUGUUCAACAAGAUGUUCGACGAGUACCAGAUAGUUCAUGAUCCAGAGGGACUACUCCAGGGCUUCCAUCCCGUCAGGGACUACCACUGCGCCCACUUUACCAACAUUAUCAGCGAUCGAGUCUCUCGGGUGGGAUGUGGAGUUGCCGUGGGUAAAAACUGUCGCCACGGAUCACAUACCAACUUCUGUACCUUUCUGACCUGUCACUUCGACUUUACCAACUUGAACGGAUCGUAUGUCUAUAAGGCUGGGGAACCUGGCAAUUGUGAGGACUGGAACACGUCGAAUAGUAAUAAGUUAACCAGUCUGUGCCAAAACAAUGGCGAACUUUUUCCACCUGAUCAUGGCGACUAG